CCAUUGGACACUGUUUGUUACUGCGGGUUGUUUGGUUCUCGUUAACCUGAUUGGCUUGUUGCGUAUGGGUUUGUCCCUUAGGAGAUGACCUCAUCAAUGAUGUCAUCCCGUCUAGUGGAAACUGUUAUGAUUAAUGUGGACGACUUCGCAGAUAAUUUUUUGACGUGUGGUACGUGUUUCAGUGGUUAUAAUUCAAGUGAACGUGCUGCCAAAUUAUUACCUUGUUCACACACAAUAUGCCGUUCGUGUUUAGAUCGAAUCCUUACAAAUGAAACUCAGUCAGAGACAUUUCGUUGUCCAAUUUGCCGGGAGAAUAUUGCUAUUCCAUCAGGUGGUGCAGCCUCAUUUCCUCCGGCUUUUAUAGUAAAUCAGUUAUUAGACCUACUUGCUACCCAUCGUCGAGAUGUUGUACCUAAAUGUUGUAUACAUCCAUCACAAGAACUAUUAUUUUGUGAGACUUGUGAUAUGGUAUUUUGCAGUGAAUGCCGAGGUCGUAAUCAUGCUGUUCAAAAUCAUGUGAAUGACUCAUCAUGUUUGCCAGUGAACAAUGGAAAUCAAGAUAUUACUACACAAGUAGAAAGUUCAUCGUCGAAUACUGGCCUAAAUCAUAAUGUGAUCACAUUCAACGUUGCACUAAAACGUUGUUCAGAAAUUAUGCUCUAUAAAAUGCAUUUAUGUACUCAAGAGUUAAAUUGUGCUCAAGAAGCCGUAACAAGUGAACUAGAACGUUUAACAAAUAAUACUAGUUCAUGUGUUGAAUCUAUUAACUCACGUUUUUCUGAGAUAUUGGCACUCGUUGAACAUCGUCAAGGAGAAUUAUUAGACUGUGUGAAACGACUUGGAGAAGAAAAACGACGUGCCUUAACAGAUCAACUUUCUUUAAUUGAAACAGAAAGAGACUUAAUUCGUACAGAAUGUGAUCGUUUAAAGGGCGUUAUGGAUGUGCGAAGUAUUACAAAAACAAUAAGUUACCUGAAUGAUAAAUUGGACUCGAUUAGUGGUUUAACUGAACCUCGUGAAAAUGCCUUCCUUUGUUAUCAAGACUGUGUCGGUCCAUACAAUCAACAUAAUCAUAUAAACAUGUGUUGUACUGCCUCGAAACGCACCAUAUGUUCAUCAUCCCCAUCAGUUACAAAUUAUAAUGAAUCAGACUCACCAUCCUCUUCAUCUUAUCAUCGUAAUCAUCAUCAAAGAUCGAAUGUGUCUUCUUCAACAACUCUUCAGUCUUCUCCUCAUCAAGUUAGCCUUCCUGAUAUUGCUCGUUGUCUUGCUGGCUUUGGUCGUUUAGUUGUUAGUACAACUUACCCUGCAUUAUGUACUGCUCGUUUACCAAAUGAAAUGUUUACCCAUCUGUAUACUAAAUGCACUAUUCAAGCAGUUGACUAUCAUGGUCGUCCUCAAUCAAACAGUGGAACAGAUCCCAUUGAAGUUGCUUUUACAGAACCACGAGGUCACUUAGUCCCAACUGAUAUAUUAGACAUUGGAAAUGGUUGCUACGAGGUUAGCAUGAUUACCCCAUUUUCAGGUCUUCAUAAAUUAUCUGUAAAAAUUCUCAAUAGACCAAUUCGUGGUUCACCUUUCAGUGUUCAUGUAAAACCAACACAAAAACGUAUUUGGUCUUUAAAAGAAGGCUCCGACGGUCGAGGAUUGAUUCAACCGUUCGCUGUAGCUUUUGGACCUUAUCCUGUUCGUCCUUCUGAAGCCUCAUCAAAUGCUACACAAAAUGAUUGUUCAAUAACUCGUGAUUUCAUUUACGUUUUGGAUACAGGCAAUAGCCGUCUGUUAGUACUAAAUCCUGCAGAUGGUUCACUUCAUACCACUGUGACCGGUGAACCAUUAUCUGGUCAAGCUGCAACUGGUAUGGUGUGGUCACCUCAGGGUUUAUGGAUUGUAAAUUGGCGGGCUAAGCAACUGUUCCUGUUAGACCCAGCUACUGAACAGGUACUUUCAUCCGUGUCAAGUCCUUUGUUCAAGGAGCCAACUAGUAUCGCCAGAUGUCCCUUAACUAGUCGUUUAUUUAUUGCUGAUAAUGGAGCUGGUUGCGUUUUUGUUUGUGACCCUGAAACCUGCUCUGUGGAUGUGUUUAUUGGGACAAAUACUACAUCCGUUUAUGCGGAUAGUGAUGCAAGCACUCCAACUAGACACAGUACUUUAAUUCGAACCGAAGCUAGUUCUCAUUUGCCUCAACCUAAAGUUUGCAAAUUAAUCACAGGAUUGUGUGUAGCUGACUCUGGAGAAUUGAUUUUGUCUACAGGAACGUGUAUUCGAAUAUUUUCAUCAGAUGGACAUUUUCUUUCUGAUCUGUUACCUCCAAAUCAACCAGGUGAUGAUCAUUUGCGUGUUCGUAUCUCAACAUUACCGUCAAGAACUUCGUUGGAUACUUCUUAUUUUAAUGUUUUGAAUAAUUCAUAUGACAAUCCAAAUUCGGAAUAUAUGAAUGCUGGUCGUUUAAGUUUAUCUGAAAUCCGCCAUUCAAGUGGUCCUUCAAAGUCACGGAUUCCUCCAUCACGUGGUCAAUUCGGCGGUGUGUCAUUCAGUACUGCACCAACUGGGUCUGCUAAUAUUCAAACCGAUAAACUAGGAAAAUGUAUCCUAGCAACUUAUUCAGAUAGACAACGUUCUGGUGUUGUCGUUUGGCCGGAAACAUUGUGGACUUCCAGUUGUCGACAAUGCGUUCACGAAGCAGAUGACAAUACAGUAUCUUCUAGCAUAAUUACUAACAGUAAUAAUAAUGACACUGUGUGUAAUACCACUAACUCUCCCACUACCACUAAUGUUCCUAGUAGUAGUGGUAACAAUAACAACCGUUUCUCUGUAGUAGAUCCAUGCUUUCAAACACAUACUUGUGCAAUUUUUUGUCCUUUAAAUAGAAGUAGAUACCUUUUUAAACCAUACUUAAUUGAAGUUGAUCCGUCAUUUCGACGAUUGGCUGGUUUAGUUACCUUAUCAAAUUGUAGAGAUGUUAUUGUUGUUGAUCAAGGUGCUCAAAAUAUUUCGAGAAUUCACUAUGCAUGAAGUUGAUUUCAUUAUUCAAUUUUUCUGCAUUUUUUUCCAUGAUGAGUUAAUCCGCACAAUAUGUGAUAAACAUAUUUUUUCUCUGAAAAUAAUUUUCCGUUCAUUUUAUUCAUAUCAUUUAUAUGAAUAUAAACACAGCUGAUAUCCACUUUUUUAAAAUACAUCUAUUAGCUCGAUUCAAAUGUCCUUUCAGUUUUACUCCACUUUUCUAAUUGGAUAGUUAUAAUUAAUUCAUCGAUAAUGUCACAUAUUAUCACAUUAUUAUUAUUAUCAUUAUUACCAUGAUUACUAUUAUUACUCAUGGAUAUUUUAUGCAUAUUUUUUUAUGAGAAGCGUUUAUUUUCUAAAAGAAUCAAUUCUAUUCUGUUAUCACUGUAGUUUCCAUAGGUAUAUAUACACAUGCGGUUUUACGUAUAUGUAAUGUACAUUUACAUGUAGGAUAAUAAGUAUUUCUCUACUAUACUGUUUUCUCAUAUCUUACACAUGUUAAUAAUUAUAACUGUUAUUGUUUCACUAUACAACUGUAGUUCCCCAUCAUUCUUAGACUACUAUUUUCUUCCUUCAUGUUUUAUAUAUAACUGCGUUUAUUGUGUAUAUGUUGUUGGUCCUUUCUUGUUUCUGUUGUUGGAAUGUUGUUUCUCUCUGUUCUUUUCUUUAAUAGAUAACAAUAAAUCCAGUAUUGUCAAAAGUUGUUGACAAUGUCUUUUCAUCAUCCUCAUUAUAACAAUAAUGUUUUUUUCCGUGUUUUUCCUGUUCUAGAGUUUUCUUUAAAUUUAUUUACACUAUACAAUUCGUCAUUUUCAUAGUUGUGUUCCCUUUUGUGUGUGCAGUACCCCAAGUUAUUCAUCUUUUAGUCGAUAAUAGUGAUAAAUCAUUUGUAAUUAGUUCAUCUAAACUUACUUAUUUGUAACUUAAUAAGACUUCGUUUUUCAUUCGUUACUUGGCGCGCAUAUAUAUAUAACUCUCUUGUUCUCCUGCUGGUAUAACCUAAAUAAGUAUGGGUAUGAAGAUCAUUUAGCCUUGCGUCACAUUUUUAUAGUGCGUGUUGGGUAAUAUAAAUGAAGAGAUCUUUGAAUUCGCAUUCAUCUACUGUCAACUGUCCUCUCGUGAUUGUUAUUAUUUUCGUUGUUGAGGUUUGAAUUUUUGUCAACUGGUAUUUCAUUAUCGUUGGAAUUUAUCUAUGUUAUGUUGUAGUAUUUAAAUUAUGUAUUUGUGUUUCCUUUCUUUUUUUUAAUUUCUGUUUUUUUUUCUAUCCAACCUCACUAUAUUAUUUAAGUAAAGAAACACAAAUAUUAGUUUUUAGAAUCGUUAUUGUUACUAUUAUUAUCGUCGCCAUAAAUAUUCACAGGAAUAUAUUCUUCAUUAUUAUUACUCCUAUCAGUAUCUUCGUUACUUAUACAACUAUUAUUCUUAUUACUACUAUUAUAACCAUAAAGAUGGAAUUCACUUUAAAUGUGAUUCGUCGUUUCUUGUUUUCAUUGUAUGCCUAUUUGGGAGGGAAAAUUUACAGUUGAUAAAGAAAGGACCAUAAUAUGACCAACAUAAAUAACAUGCAUAUAUCUUAGCAUUUAUAAUAAACAGAUAUUUAUUACUCUUAUAUUAUUUAGUAAAUUCAUCUCUACUGUACGCAAGGGAAUCGUACGAGUAAAAUCUAGUCGAGAAGUUUUGAGAAAUAUUAGGAAAACGGAUAUGUGUGCAAUAUUUUCUAAUAAGAAAUAUUGUAUAUAAUAUGUGGAAUAAAAUGAGUCUGGAUUCAAUAUCUACAGAGUACAAAUCUAGGAUUGUCUGUCGAUUGAAUGUGUCAAAAGUUGAAAUCGGUAUUUCUGGUUGCCGAUAGAUAAUGCAGAAACUUUUCCGUAUUAGAUUUCAAUUUUAUGCUAUUACAUCGUGGUGGUGUUAGAUCAAUCAGUUGAAAUUAUAAAACGUUGAUAAAUAAUAAUUUUAUACAUGUU